AAAAAAAAAACAUUUCCCGUCGUUUCUUGGGUUUUUUUUCCUCCGUCAAAUUCAGGGCGUAUACAAAAUCAAAAUGGGUAAGGAUCUGAGCGACGAGCAAGUCUCUUCUAUGAAGGAGGCUUUCACUCUCUUCGACACCGACGGCGACGGCAAGAUCGCUCCAUCGGAGCUAGGGAUCCUUAUGAGGUCUCUCGGCGGCAACCCAACCCAAGCCCAGCUCAAAGCUAUCGUCGCUGAAGAGAAGCUCACAACACCCUUUGACUUUGCUCGCUUUCUAGAUCUCAUGUCCAAGCACAUGAAAUCUGAGCCCUUCGAUAAGCAGUUACGCGAUGCCUUCAAGGUUCUUGAUAAGGACUCCACCGGCUUUGUCGCCGUUGCAGAUCUGAGACAUAUUUUGACUAGCAUCGGAGAAAAGCUGGAGCCCUCCGAGUUCGAUGAGUGGAUCCGGGAAGUCGAUGUCGGGUCUGAUGGGAAGAUCCGUUACGAGGAUUUUAUUGCCAGGAUGGUCGCCAAGUGAGAAACGCCAUCAUUAAUUUUUAGUUUGUUUGUUUUUCGAUGACUCUUUUAUUUUGGAGGAAGCUAGGGUUUUAUGCGGUGGAGGCUAUUACGUUUUUCAAUAUUUUUCUCUGUUUCUGUGUGAACUUUGGAAGUAAUGGUAACACUCUUUCUUAGAGAAUCUGUUUGGUGUUUGUGUGAAACUUAUGUACUGCUAUACUAAUAUUCUUGUGUUUGGUUUAAUUUU